GGAAGGAAGGAGGGCCAUGGCGCUGAGCCCCCCGGAGAGGCAGCCGGGACCCCCGGAGAGGACCCCGCACCCGGCCCCGGAGGAGGAGCAGGAGGAGGAGGCGGCCGAGGUGGAGGCCGAGGUCUGCGGAGGUUUGGAGGCCGAGGGCGCCGGGAUCCCGCUCCACUCGCCCUGGACCUUCUGGCUCGACAAGUCCCUUCCUGGUACCACAGCUGCUGAAUGUGCAUCAAAUUUAAAGAAGAUCUACACAGUACAAACUGUACAGAUAUUUUGGAGCGUUUAUAAUAAUAUUCCUCCUGUGACAAACCUGCCUCUGAGAUGUAGUUACCAUUUAAUGCGUGGAGAAAGACGACCUCUAUGGGAAGAAGAAAGCAACGCCAGAGGUGGUGUCUGGAAAAUGAAGGUCCCCAAAGAUAGUACGUCUGCAGUUUGGAAAGAACUGUUGCUAGCUACCAUUGGGGAACAGUUUACAGAUCGCUGUGCAGGAGGUGACGAAGUAAUCGGGGUUAGUGUCAGCGUUCGUGAUCGGGAAGAUGUUGUUCAAGUCUGGAAUGUCAAUGCAUCACUAGCAAGUGAAGCUACAGUUUUAGAAAAAAUCUAUGAACUUCUGCCACAAACAUCUUUUAAAGCAGUUUUUUAUAAACCUCACAAAGAACAUCAUGCCUUUGAAGGAGGACGUGGAAGGCAUUAACAGUACUGAACUCAUAAAUUGUAUUUUUCCCCUUUUUCCCGAGAUCAUCAUAAUGGAAAGAUGGACAAAACACUUGUAGAAACAUGGCAACUGCCGGUUCAUUUCAGAUUUUUCUGUCCCACCUGAGCCACUGGUAUCCAAAAGCAAGGAGAAUUGCAUCUGAGUUAUUGAUCAUGAGGUUUCUUUUGACUUCUCAACACAGAAAAGGCUCUCCUUUUUAAAGUAUUCUUUUUCUUUUAAAGUAGAAGACUUUGUGUUUAAGUAUUUUUGCUGUACCUAGUUUUAAAUGCAGAUGUGCACAGGCAUGCUAUAUGCUCCCUUUUUCAAGACUGUCCGCACCUAGGGAAAGAAUUGCUUUGUGGAUCAUGGUUUUGUUUCUGUCUUGUAUUAUUUGCUUUGGAACAUUCCUAUCAAGCAAAGAUCUACUCAUACAAAUUUGCACUGUUGUAAAAUACAGUGGAAGAAAUCAGUUAACAGAAAUCCUACUUAGCCUCCAUGGGAAUGAAUGGAGCGUGGAUAGCGCUGGUGCUGAUUGGCUUGCUUCCAGUCAUGCACUGCUUAUGCACUGAUAAUGCUUGUACUGUAAGUUAAAUUGCAGUGAUCCCUGAACAGAGACUGUGAACUCUGAAUAUACUUCUUUUUAACUAAUUCUGAAGACAAAUCCUUUAACAUGCAUUGAACUAGGAUACACUUUAUGGUGGCCUUGGAGGGUGGUACCAUCAGACAUUCAGUAAACUAGGCUGUGCUCAAACAAAAUGGCUGUUUGCGAUUAUAUAUCCACUCUGAUUUCUGUUACAGCAGUGCUUAAGUUGCUACAGAGGUCAGGAAAAGAACUAUGGAAUUGUAGUCUAAAAAGUAACUUUUCUGAGUUCUGGCCACAGUUGUGCUAGUUGUAGUGCAAAAGUUUCCUAUCAUAUAUGGAGCAGUUAGUUAUUAAUCAGUGUUGGUUCUUUUCUGGCUGUCUGAAAAGUCUGAUUAGGCAAAAUGAAUGAUCUUUCAAUAGGAAACCAUGGACUCUUUAUUCUGAAAGUGGCUAAUUUUGAUUUUUUUAAAAAGUGAUAUUGUAUAAAAGCUUAAAAAAGGAACUUUAAAACUCCCCUAUGCUCUCCCUUAUAACAGGAAACUUCAUAGAUAUACUUUUAGGACACUUGUUAAAACAGACCUUUCCUACCCACCGCCUCACUAAUCAUAUCCCAUUGAAACCAAUAUCAAAUACAUUGUAACUUCAUUGUAAAAUACAGUACAACUGUGUAGUUGCAAGCUAUCAUGGCGCCUUAAAUACCUUUUUCAAUGUAGAGAGAAGUCAGUUACACUUUUGAAGCAUGAAUGUGAACAUUUUCAGCAUUUGGUUUGCAUCUUUUCCUCUCCGUACUGAAUUAUUGGAGAUUUUGGUAUAUUUUUAUUACAGUACCAAAGAUUGAUUUAGUUCCUCACAAGAGGAUGCCGAUGAGUUAGAGGGGUAGUGCAUCCAUCUAGGCUGAAUUGCUGGAUUAGUAUUAGUAUUUUAAAAAUUGUUCUGACUGCACUGACACCAACCCAUUUUAAUUUCACAAAAAGUGGCCAUUGGAAUUCAAUGCGUUUCUAAAUAAAUCAACUUUCCCUUUUUAAUUUUUGUACUAGUUCAUCUGUAUUUAUGAAUUAAACUUGUGCAUUUAAUGAGAAUUAUUAAAAAGUUUUAUAAACUGA